UGUGAUUACAUGCUUUAGUCAGCAGUCAGUGUCUUCGUUCGGCUCUUGCAGUUCUUCCGUCUUCACACUGCGCGGCAGUUGUUUCCGGGGUGGAAAACGUAUGCGUUUCAGAACAUACAUAUCGUACAUUCUAUGCCUCCAUUCAUUGCGUCUCGAUCUAGGACGCCUGCGAAGAUUGCUACGUAUGAGUAAGCUAGAUCUCAGUCCGUCUCAUGCAAUCGUGACUCGUAAACCGGCUUUAUGUAUGCCACCGCCGUCCCUGAUUUGCGCCUGCUCCUGUGCAUUUCAUCCUGCUACUGUUGUGCCUCAGUGUAGUACCCAUCGAUGAAAUUUGGCUUCCGAGAAGAUACUACACGUCCUCUUCAUACUCGACAUCACCCCGGUACUCCUUCGUGUUGU